AAAAACAUGUGGACUUAAAGAUAACUAUCUGUUAAUUGGUCGUCUUCUUCUAAUAUUACACGUUUUCUUCCCCUCCUCCUCAGCUCGGGCGAUUUCGUUCCGGGAUGGCGUCGUUCGCUGGAAUCACGACUUCGAAUCCAACGUUUCUUCAGCUAAGGAUCUCUACCACGAGUUUACGUUCUGUUGCUCCGUCUAAUUCGGUUUCAUUUCCUCGUUCUUCGUUAUAUGUGAAUCUCAAUUGGAGAAGCCGUCUCUAUGUUCGAUCCAGUUCAGCUCCAGUGGCACCAGCAGUGGAGGGACUGAAGCCGGCGAUAUCUCUUACGGAUAGUGCACUUAAGCAUCUGAAUAAGAUGAGAUCAGAACGCGGGGAAGAUCUGUGUUUGAGGAUCGGUGUCAAACAAGGAGGUUGCUCGGGGAUGUCUUACACCAUGGACUUUGAGAACAGAGCCAACGCAAGCCCAGAUGAUUCCACCAUCGAGUACCAAGGCUUCACUAUAAUCUGUGAUCCAAAGAGCAUGCUCUUCCUUUUCGGAAUGCAGCUUGAUUACAGUGAUGCUUUAAUCGGUGGAGGCUUCUCUUUCUCGAACCCUAACGCUACACAAACAUGCGGAUGUGGAAAGUCUUUUGCUGCAGAGAUGUGAAACCGUUAUAUUGCAGUCGAACAUCUAUAAUUGUGGACUUAUAGCUAAUGAAACAUUUAUAAAUUAUAACUAUAAACCUAUAGUCACAAUUUCCAGUUUGUGUUUUAUAUGUGGGUUUCUACUUUUUGUUUAA